GCCUUCCCCACGGCCGACGGCUACAUCAACGUCGGCGCCGCCAACCAGGCCAACUGGCUGCGCCUGCUCGAGGCGCUGGGUGCCGAGCAUCUCGCCGAGGAUCCGCGCUUUGCCGAGAACAAGGGCCGCAUGGCCAAUCUCGACGCGCUGGUCACGGCGCUCUCGCCCUACUUCGAGGCGCGCUCGACCGCGCAGUGGCUGGAGAUCUUCGAGGCCAAGGGCUUUCCCGCCGGCCCGGUACUGAGCGUCGGCGAGAUGCACCAGGACCCGCAGGCCCUGGCGCGCGAGAUGGUGGUCGACCUGGAGCACCCGACGGCUGGGGCGAUGAAGACGCUCGGCCUGCCGAUCAAGUUCUCCGAGACGCCCGGCGGCGUCGCCCGUCCGGCGCCGCUUUACGGCCAGCACAGCCGCGAGGUCCUGCGCGAGGCCGGCUACGCCGAAGCCGAGAUCGAGGCGCUGGUCGAGUCCGGGGUGCUGGGGGAAGAGACCGCGCUCGUUCCCGCCACCUUCGCCCUCGGGGUGCCGCCCCCCGCCAUGUCCGCGUCCCGGCCGCGUUCCAGCCCGCCUUCCAGCCUCCGCCCGACCGUGCGCACCGUCGCCGAGCGUGCCGGGGUCUCCACCGCCACGGUCAGCCGCGUGGUCAACGGGCAGGUCGCGGCCGACUCGCCGACCGGCCGGCGGGUGCGCGCGGUCAUCGCCGAGCUGGGGUUCCGGCCCAGCCGCCUGGGGCGCAGCCUGAAGACCGCGCGCAGCGCCCUGGUCGGCAUCGCCCUGCCGAGCCUGAACGAUCCGCUGUUGAGCCGCGUCCUGCAGGGCGCCGAGGCGGCCGCCGCGGCGGCCGGCUACGGGCUGUUGGUGACGCGCUUGGCGGCGGAGGAAGGGGCGGGCGCGGCCGCCGUCGAGCGGCUGCUCGGCCACAGUGUCGAGGGGCUGCUUCUGGCCGGCGCGGCGCCGGACCCCGCAGCCCUGGCGGGCACGCCCUGCGUGCGGCUUCUCGACCCGGGCCGUGCGGCGCGGCGGGGCAUGGGCUGCGCCGGUGCCGGGGAAGGGCGCGGCGCCGGGGCGGGAAUCGGCGUGGGCGUGGAGAUCGCGGCGGCCCUGCACGAGCUGGUCGCGCUGUUGCAGGGCUGCGGCCACCGCCGUUUCGCCGUCCUGCGGGAGGCGGGGCUCGACGACUGGCUGGACGCGGCGGUGCUGCGCCAUGCCGGACUGCGCCCGGACCUGCUGGUCGAGCUGCCCCGCGGGUGCGGCGCACCGGGCGAG